CGUGCCAGUAAAUAUGAUUCUUACUAAAUAAAAUUCGAGCUCGCUCGAUCGGCAAAGUGAACAGGUCGAUGCGCGGUUAUACGUCAGGGCAGCUAAAGAAAAUAAGAUGGAGAGAGAGUUUGAAAGUAGGUCUUAGCCGUUCAGUCAGUUGUCGACUACGUGUCCGGACGAUUGGUUAGCAUAAUGAUUGCGUUAUUAUGCAUGCUGAUCGUCUUUGGUUUAACUCAUGGUGAUGAUCUCCCAUCAAGAAUCGAAGUCGAGAAUUCGAUCAAUCGAACAAUUAACGAAGUCGAGAGAUUGAUUCGUCAGAACUCAUCUUUGCCGCAACUCACUAGGCGUGAGAUCGUCGAUAUUCUUUUAAACGUUAUAACAUCCAAAAAUCUAAAGACAUUCGAGAACAAAGAGACAAUCGAGAAAGCAAGAAAGAUUUAUGAAAGAGCGUUAAUGGUAGUUUUACCGUACAAUGCACAAGAUGCAAAAGAAAAUAUAAAUGAUUUAUAUACCAAGCCACCGAUAGUUCAAAUAAUCUCAGACACUUCUUCUAAUUCGAAAGAUUUCAAUGUGUGGAAAAACGAAAAAAUACAAUCUAGCACACCCACGCAGGAAAUACAAGACGAUAAAGAAUCUCUUGAAAAUUUGGUAGUGAUACAUGCCUCGGAGAAAGAAAAUCCACCCGAGAAAACGCAAUAUAAGAAUCACAGAGAAACAUAUUCGGAAGCGCAUACAAAAAUGCCGUUGACGGAAACUUUGAAAUUUGAAUCGGCACCAAUCAAAUUUAGCUUUAACUUGGAUAAUCUGCAAAAGCAACCAGCGAUCACCGAAACCUCUAGCACUAGACGACCAGUGUUUAAGGAAGAAUCUUCAACCAAGAAUGAAGAAGUCUAUAUAGUAUAUAGUACAACUGCAACAACGAUGCGACCAAUGGAGAUGAGUCCUAAGAAAGAAAAUGUUUUGACAACAUCUCGUCCUUUGAAGUACAAUGAAAAUGUUCUAUCUGUUGAUCAAUGGCGUUAUAACGCACCAACAAGUACUAUACAAAGUCUUACGACAUCAACGAAAGCUUUAGAUUCGUCUUUUAAGAUAUCAUUGGAAGACGUGGCACCAACUGUAAUUAGUAAAAUUGAAAACACUCCAGAGAUUUCAAAGAUACCUUUCAAAAAAAUACAAAUGGCUAAGCAAUCAACUUCUAUCUAUGUAACACCAACAUCCUCUUCUUCUUCUUCUUUCGAAGAAUUAAAAUACAAUUCUACUUAUAAUUCAAAAUCUGGAGGAUUUCAUAAAAUCACAACGACAACGACGAUGCGGCCAGAGGUCAUGGACUUGCUUGCUUCAAUUGGACUUCGGCCGGAAAAUUCUACGAAUGUAGAGGAAGUGUUCAAAAAAAAUGAAGAAAGUUUAAAAAACAAAACAGAGAUUCCCAAUAGCAACGGUUUUGUUUAUAAAACAACUUCCGGCCUGACGGCCGUUGAACCCGAUUUACCAUCGAUAAGCGCUCAAAACACUUUUGAAAAUCCUGUUCUAGAGAUUGGAAAAGGAAUGAAUAAUCUAACGCCAGAUAUACAGCUACUCUUUCAGCGAUUUGGUUUGCAGACGUCCAAUCUAAUAACAACUACAACGACUACGCUCAGGCCAACCAUGAAUACAAAUUCUUAUACCAACUUCAAACCUUUGCCGACGUCUAAGAUAAAAAACGAAGAUAUGAAAGAGUUUUUGGCACAGUUCGGUCUUGGAAUCAGUGAUAAUAGGCAGAAAAAAUCUAUGCCGGCAUCAACGGAACGACCAUCGUUGAUUGAAGCUGUUCCAGAUAACAUGAGACAAAUUUUGGAGAACAUAGGCCUCAUCUCUCGCAAGGUAUCGAAAACAAAAAUAGAGGAUACUAAAAAUGUACCAAAAGUGCAGGAUAUAGAACCGAAAAACACAAACAAAUUUCACGUGUUUAAACCUCACGAGGUCCAAGUGAAGGAUGAGAGACAGAGGAUGAAAAUCAACGAGCUAUUGGACAUUGUCAACAAAUUGAUUCAAGAGGGGAAGACAAGUACGGAGAAUGUGCAAAAAGCAGCCAACGACUUACUAGUAAACACAAAAACUCUAAAGGAUGGUCCAGAUCCGUUACAUAUAGAAGAGAUUAUUAGAAUCUAUAAUGAAGAUUUAAAGAAUGAAGUGAAAAGACAAAACUCGGAAGAAACUGUUGAAACAAUCACUGUUAGCAAUGAAGAUCUCACGAAGACCACGACAACAACUACCGAAUCUAUAGAUGUUUCCUCAACGACCUCAACGACGAUGACCACGCCAAUAACGUCGAUAGUUCCAGAUUCCGCGAAAAAUGGCUCAGCUUUUCUGGAUACAUUAGUAUCACCCGUUCCAAUGUCAUCGACACCUACAAAUGCAAAUCUUCUGGCAUUAGAGGAAUCUUUUGGUGGUACCACCCGUGCACCAGAUCCUGUUUUACCAACUAAGCGAAGAAGCGGUCUAUAUUUUCUUGUAGACUGGAAUACGUUUCUCGAAGUUGGUGAUGAGGACAGCGAAAAAGUGAACCUAAGAUUCCAACCGAAAGUUGGCGAUAGGACAAGAUUUUUGCCAGUUACAAUACCGUAGUUUAUAAAGAACAAUUUUAUUACAAAUACUGUUUCCCAUGUAAAUGUUAAUUUAAUCCUCAGAUUCUAAUAUUUGUACUCAUAUUUUAGAAGCUUAAAAUAUUUAAUAUAUGUAUAUAUAUUCUAUUUUUUUGUUAUAUAAUA